GGACUGAUUUCAAAAUAUGAAAGAUGUAGGGUAUUGAUUUUGGAAAAUGUUUUACUUGCAUAAGAAGAGUCCAUUGAAUGCUCGAAUGCGGGAGAAAUCUAGAGGUAAGAAAUGCAGGUUGCUGAGGCGAGAAAGCUUCUAGGGUUUUCUCCCCAUUCUCGCCCUUCACUUUCUCAGAUUAAGGCAGCAUACAGAAAGAAAGUGUUAGAGUCUCAUCCUGACCGAUUUCCAUGUCAUGAGAAAGCUCAAGCUGAAUCUAGAUUUAAACAGAUAUCAGAAGCAUAUUCAUCUCUGCAGGCUGGUGUAAAAUUUGGAAGGCCAUCGGAAGGUACAUAUGUACGAGUGGUAAGAACUGGUGUCCCAGGAUCUUAUAGAAGUAGCAACAAAUCUUUGAUUAAAGCUCCAUUUCUCCUCCUAAUGUUGGGCACAAUUUCCUUUGGGGGACUAAACGCUUCAAGGGCGUACCAGAGGCAAAAGCAGGCAAAUCCCUCGGAUAAUCCAUUUCUUCCAUGAAUAAACCGCAUUUACAGAAUGUUCACUUGUUACUGUGAAAGAAGUAUAUGCACGUAAAAUGAAAGGCCAAGCUACCAUCAUGUGAUAUGAAGCUGUGAUGAAAAUUCACACCUCCAACUGAAAAUAUGUAGUACAAUCGAAUUUGUCAAGUUAAAGCUCAGUGUUUCUGGUGUAUCAUGCUUGGUGGGUGGGGAUGUAAUGUUAUACAGCAGCGGACCCAAUAUAAUCGCAUUACUUAAAAGGUGCUUCUGUGCCUUGUAUAAAUCAUUCAGGUUCAGUGAUAUGAUAGAUUGGCAAGUUGUUUAUAUACGAAGUUUCAUCUUAUGGAGGUC